AUGAAUCCUCCUUCAAAAACUCCCGACCACAGACAACCAAAAUGUCUGAAGAAAGGCGACAUGUCCCGGGGGCCAAAUUCCUUUCCUUCGUCAGUUAAGGGACAUUGGCCGACCAUUUCCCCAGAGUCACUGAAUUCUAGGAUCGAUCUGCCAUUUGCAUCGCCAUCAAAGACACGAUUGUCACCAGCAACAAUCGAUGAAAUAAUCAGCGGGUUCGAUCCUUGUAGACAGCAUCCACUUUCCAUCUGCAAAUGCCCAAAAUGUCUGCCUCCCACUCGAUUAUUUCUUCCUUCAGUGACUCUAAGGAAUCGUGACACCAUUUCGGAAAUGUCACCAGCCAAUGUCCUUUCUCUUGAGGAGCAAACGAUUGGCAGAGCUGCACAGAAAACUCCGCUUCCACCAACCGCAGUCCACAGACGACAUCCUCAUUUUUGGCGUCGUCUGUCAACAAAUGUUGCACGGUGUGGCGCCAGAUUGUCACCUUCUUUAAAAGGUCUUCUCUCUCUCCUUGAGGGAGUGGCGCCAUUUCCUCUCCAGUUCAGAUGCUGUCUCUCUCAUAUCGGUGGGGCCGCCUUCCUCCUUCCCUUUCAAACCUCGUCCCUCACCGACAGCGGACGAGGCGGUCACGUGCUCUUGGUAACAUGCGUCACACAGACAGACGGUGCACCGCUCGCAGAAGGUGUCCUUCGAUUGUCGGUGCUGUCGACAGCCGUCUGUCAUGAUGACCCGGAUGGCAUCAACCCUUGA